GGCGCUGCCCGCGCCGGCCGCUCCGGCGCCGCUCUAUCCAGCGCCGCGGUCUCGGCGGCACAGGAUGGCGGAGGAGAGCGGCGUCUGCAGCUUCGUGUUCAAGAAGCGGGUCCGGGCCGCGGGCAGCGGCCGGCGAAAACGACCCGGCAGCGACCAGGAGCGGGAGAGCAGCGGGGAGGAGGGCAGCACCGUGGUGCGCAAGGAGCGGCGGCGGGACACCCCCAACCCCAUGAUCCAGAAGACCAGGCGCUGCACGAGGGAGAGGCCGGACUACGCGCCGAGCAGCAGCGAGGAUGAGGAUCCUGCCAGGGAGAUCGGGGUCACCUACAAAUCCACCAGGUCGGCGAAACCUGUUGGCCCAGAAGACAUGGGAGCCACAGCAGUGUAUGAACUGGACACGGAGAAGGAGAAGGAUGCCCAGGCCAUCUUUGAGCGCAGCCAGAAAAUCCAGGAGGAGCUGAGAGGAAAGGAAGACGAUAAAAUCUACCGUGGCAUUAACAACUACCAGAAGUAUGUGAAGCCCAAAGACACAUCGAUGGGAAAUGCCUCCUCAGGAAUGGUGAGGAAAGGCCCCAUCCGUGCUCCGGAGCACCUGCGGGCCACGGUGCGCUGGGACUACCAGCCUGACAUCUGCAAGGACUACAAAGAGACCGGCUUCUGCGGCUUUGGGGACAGCUGCAAGUUCCUGCACGACCGCUCGGACUACAAGCACGGCUGGCAGAUCGAACGGGAGCUGGACGAGGGCCGCUACGGCGUCAACGAUGAUGAAAACUACGAGGUGAGCAGUGAUGAGGAGGACAUGCCUUUCAAAUGCUUCAUCUGCAGAGGUUCCUUCAAGAACCCCGUGGUCACCAAGUGUCGGCACUACUUCUGUGAGAGCUGUGCCCUGCAGCACUACCGCAAAUCCCAGCGCUGCUACGUCUGUGACAAGCAAACCAACGGGGUCUUCAACCCUGCAAAAGAGCUCAUGGCAAAACUGGAAAAACACAAAGGGGAGGAAGAAGAGGAGCAACAGUCAGACCAAGAAGGGGAUCCACAGUAGCAAACACAUUUUGUACAUAACUGAAUAAAGCUUUUGUAGGAGAAAAAAAAAGCUACCAGCUGCAGCCAGGGGUUCUGUAUCCAACCAGCAGCUACUGAACCGUGUCCACCUGUGCUGGACUCUGUCUUCGCUGCCCUGUGGGGGCACAGGGCAGGACAGGUAAGACUCCAGGGCUGAGCGAGCCAUCUGCUACCCCCAGCACCCCUGAGUGCAGCCAGGGAAGGAGGGUGAACGUUCAGUUACUGUGGAAUUGCUGCUUCUCACCACGGUGCUGCUGUUUCACUCCUAACCCUGCAGGGAUCCUGCUCCUGUGCAAGCAGGGAACAGAGUUAAUUUAAACCCCUGAUCUUUGAGCAUGGAGCAAACUGGAGGCAGGGGCAGGGAUGAGAAAUCUGAGCUUGCAUUAAGUUCAUCCUUCACCCUAAAAAUGCUAAUUCAGGGAAAGCAGCUUGGAGCAUUGCAGUUACUGGGCAAUUAUUCCUCCUGUCUUGGUUCCUAGAACUCAAGAUAGGGACAGAUCUUCAGUGGGCUACACCCCUUUUGAAUCAGCCCUGUUUGUAAGACUUCCUAACAAGGCAGGAAAUCAAACCUGAUCAGAGGGAGGAAGUAGAACUGGGCCUGGCCUUGCCAAACACUCCUGCGACUGGGAGAAUUCUACUGAAACUUUCAGAAAAGAGCAAGUGCAGGUGUUUGCAGCUUGUUGCUUUAGUUGAAGUAUGUUUCUGAAGCAUGAAGGCAGCUGCCAUAAACUGGUGAGCUGUACGAAACUAAGGUAAAAGCAAGCAUGCACAGCCAGCCUGUCACCCUCUGUGAUUCACUCCAUCAUCCUGCACAAACAGCAGACUUAAAAAACAACUUCAGAAAUAUUUUAUUUGUACUGGAAAAAAAACUAGAGUAACAAACUUCAUCUGGGUUCAAGUACAAUUUAUAAACACAAGAAGGACCUGUUGCCAGCACCACUACUCCCAUCAACUGCACCUAUGCAAGGAUUCUCAGUGCUUCAGUAAAGAGCAGAUGACCUUCAGCACCAUGGUCCUUGGAAAAAAAGUCAAACUAAAAGCCUUAAAUACACUUCCAAACACACCAAACACCACAGAAUGGGGGAGAGCUGCCACAGCAGCAGGGCAGAGUCACACAGCCAUGAAUCACAGGGAGCCACGUGAGCAGCUUUUACCUGUCAGUGAGGGAAGGCAGGACAGCAAUGGUAAUGGAAAGGUUAAAGUUCAAUUCUGUACAGGAGUUGUGAGCAAGAGGAUCAGCAUGAAAAUCAAUUUACUUUCCUUCUGUGCCAGGGUAAGUCACUGAGACAGGCAGGUAAGAGUGUUUCGUGCUGUGAAACCAGCCCAGCUAACAUGAAGUUCAACAGGAAGGGGAUAAAAAAGCUGGUACAUUGCCCAGGCAUCCACACUGCUCUGGUGACCCAGGAAGCUGGAAGGGGAGGCCCUGUCUGACCUGGAGUUCAGAGUGCUCAGCAUCGAGUGAGAAGUCUUCAAAAGCCCUCUCUAGACUGGACAAAUCCAGUGCUGCAGAGGAAUGCCCAGGGCAGCAGGAGUGCCUAGAAGGGCACCAGCUUGUCUUUGAUCUCCCAUUUUUCAUCACCCUUUUCCCCCCCUUUAAACUCGCCCUGUGACAACAGUUACAGGAACUUGACUAGUUCUAAGAGAAUGCCCUAAACUAAAAGCUGCCCACCUCCCCUCAACUCUAAGGCACCCUUAAAAGAGAAAGAACCAAAGGGGACAGGGACAUGCAGCCUCAACUGUGAGGAAGCCAGUGAUUUUUAGAAACACAUAAAUACAGACCACAACUACACAGACUCACUCAACACCCUCGAGUGCUCUGCCAGAGCUCAGCUGGAAGAAUGGGAGCUCCAGGCACUGCACCUUCUGGAAUACUCCACAGCUCCUUGGAUCGAUCCUUUUCCAGCUCAGGUCUGUCCAUUUGUAUCCAGGCUUUACUUCUUAAGUAAACAAGCAGUUGAAGUUCCUUCCCAAGGACCUGUAAACUCUUCUGUGUGUAACAUUCAUCAGCUUUUACGAACAGGACCAAUAAAUUACAAUGUCCAGAAA